CGCAAUGUGUGGUUAGCGUUCGACAUUGGGUCUUCCUUUUUUGUUCUCCGCAAACAAAAACGCAAGCUUUGGCCAAAAACCCUGUUCCUUCCGCCUCCCGAAUCGUGCGGUGUCAAGGCCUAGCAAAAGUGCGUGAACACACGACGACUGUAUUUUACGGUGGGUGUGGUGGUGGUAGUACCCAGCAGCAGCAGCAGCAGCAGCAUCCAUUGCCAAUUUUUUCGCUACAAUCAAACGACGCCAAAGCCUCCUCAAACGUGUAUAUGUGUGUGUGUGUGAGAGUGUUCGAGUGUGUGCAAUUCAUUAGAAAAUGUUUUGAUCGAAAGAAACGAACCAUCAACCAAACCAGUUUGCUGCCAAUCCAAUCUGCCGCACGGUGCGGCGGAAGCGUCCAUUUUUGUAUCCCCGCCACAACCCCAUCAAAAAGCAUCAAGGGAAGGGUGGUGGGAAAGUGACAUCCUUCUUGGUGACCAUUUAAAAAAAAAGUGUUUUUUCGCGCUCUACAUUCUGGUCGCGAAAGGAACACGCCUUUUGCGGUGGGCACUGUGGGCUGGCUUCCUCCACGGGGCGUGAGUGAGGGUGUGUGUGUGUGUGUAUGUAUAUGCGCGUGACCUGGAGUGCUUCACCGCCGUUCGCAUGAAGCGUCCUCCGCGCCCAAGACUGCCGAGAUUUGCGAACCAAAGCUAAAAAGCGGAGCCGCGAGGGGGGGCAACGAAAUAUGACAGCUCCUGCUUGCAUUGCUUCAGCAAACAGAAAACUCGCAACUGGUCGGCUGACUGGCGAUAAUAUGUGCUGCAGAACCAUCAUCAUCAUCACCACCACCAACACCACGACCACCGCCGCCAUCGACAGCAGCAGCCGCAGCUGCUAAACCGGAGGAAAAGUAUUAAAAAAAAAACACACAACUGUACAUAAAACGGCGCGCGCCAGGAUGGAGAACGAGUCGUUGCCGAUUCUGCUGAUCACCGCGAACGUGGGAAGCGUGUUCGAAGACCCCUCCAACUUGCUGCACCUAUGGAUCAAAGAGUUUCUCGAUCACAUCGCGGCCCGGCAGCCGGCAUUCAUCGCGCUCCAUCUGCAGGAGGUGGGCGGCAAAACGUACGAAAAGUCCAUGGAGUACGUGCAGGAAUUCAUCAAGCAGCUGUGCGAAUCGGACGAGCUGCAGGGCUACAACCGUAUCCGGGUUUACCUGGACGAGGACUACAACUCGGCGGAACAUUUUACGGCCCUCGGGAACUUGUACUUUGUCCGGAGCACGGUCAGCCACGUGCUGAUGUGGAACUUUCUCACGCACGAGUGGGACUCCGUCGAGGGCAAGAGCAUCCACACCGGCAGUAUCGAAACGGUCGCUACCAAAGAAAAGGCAAAGUUUCCUCAACAAUUCUUCCCCGAGUGCAAAUGGUCGCGCAAAGGGUUUCUUCGUACGCGCUGGUUCCUGAACGGAACCGUCUUUGAUCUGGUUAACAUUCACCUGUUUCACGAUGCGUCCAACCUGGAAGCGUGCGAAGAGUAUCCCUCGGUGUACUGCAAGAGCCGGCGCCGCGCCCUUGUACACACGCUGGAACGAUUUCACAAAGAUACGGUAAACCGACCAGUGCCAUAUUUUGUUUUCGGUGAUUUUAAUUUUCGCUGCGACACAGAGGGCGUCAUUAAGAAGCUCACCGAAGAUCUCACAAUGCAUCGGGUACAGAACACGAAAAACGACAGUACAAAAGUGCAAUAUCGGGAUGCAACCGGCACGAAUGUGCUGACGGUGGGGAAGAAGGAAUUUUUCCACUGCGAUCAAAGCACGUUCAAGGAAGGCUGGCUGCGUCAGUUCGACCGCGAGCUGGAAUCGCUUCGCAGCAUCCUGUACGAGUUUCCCAUCACGUUCCCACCGUCCUACCCGUACGAGGAGGACCCGUUCCAGCCGGUCUCGUACAUGGCGACCCGCUGUCCCGCCUGGUGCGAUCGAAUACUGGUAAGUCCGGCGGCCCGCAAGCUCGUAUGGGAGCACGGACUGGACGACGGCAAGCCCGGCGGCGAUGGUGCCGGUUCCGGCGCCAACACUAGCACCGUUAGCUACGGUAUUAUUGGUGCGAACGUCUGCAUGGGUGAUCAUAAGCCGGUUUUUCUCAGCUUUAGAAUCAAGACGAGUCAAGGUAUUGUAGAUAAUUGCUCCUGUGAUACGCAUGUGCCUAGAAAGCUGCGUGUUGAACACCCUAUUUAUCGUAACAGUGCAAGUAUGGAUAGUAGUAGUAAUAAUAACACGAUCGUAGUAAGUCUUAGUAGUUAUGGUAGUACUGCGGCCGGUGGUGCCAGCCCGUCGCCGGACGCGGCCCUGAUCCGCCAGCUGGCUGCCACCGCGGCCCAGUGUAGCGAUAGCAGCAGCAGCACUAGUGCCGUCGCCACCACCAUCAUUCCGUUUGGGCCGGCGCUCGAUGUGGCUGGCGACCGGUUCGCCUACCAUCAUCAGCUUCACUACCCGCCCGCAUGUCCCAAAUGUGCCGCCCGCAUCGAGCAGUGCUACGCGCAGAAUCUCCUCGCGCUCGAACCCCCCGGCACCGUACCGGCGGCCGUCGCUGCAGACGGCAAAGAGCAAUCGGUGUCGUCGGGGGCGGUGGCAACACCGCCGCCACUUGCCCAUCUCGAACCCGGUCAGGCGGCCGGACCGCUCGAAUUACUGUCGCAGGCCUGCUUUCGGUAUCAGCAUCCGCUGGUCAGCAUUAACGUGUUCGACACGGACAGCAACCUUAACGUUUGCAUGUGCGCACUGUACUGUAACGCGGGCGGGGACGCGGGCAAGGGUGCCGCAGCGGCGCGUAACGGAGACGGGAAGGAGCGGGCGGGGGGCGGCAGCCCCACGAUCUGUCCGAACUGUCGCAACAUCAUCAAGCACCAGCCGGUCGAGCACCGGAAAACGCUCAUCUCCCGCCGGAUGAUGCUUGCCAACGAUGUGAUCGUGAAUCGCAUCGACACCCACUACCUUAACACGUACUCGAUGCCGCCGGGCGGUGGAGCGGGAGCGUACAGCAAUGGUGCGGGCGGGCAGCAGCAGCAGCAGCAGCAGUUCGAACCGUACACGCCGGAGAGUGCGGAAUCUCACUCGCCCCUGCCGGAGUCGAGCGAUAGCAGCAAAGCCUCGCACAGCACCAUCCCGACGAACGACAGUGACGGACCGGCGGAAGGGGAUGGCCGCCGGGCGGGCUCGAAAUCCGUGCCCACCGGCAAGGAACCGGCUGGUGUGGAGCAGAGGGGCGGCGGCUCGAAAUCGGAAACCGAUUUGCCAUACUCGAUCGCACCGGGCCCGACCAGUGAUGCGAAACGGUCGCAGACGUCACGGCAGCACCAGCAGCAGCAGCAGCAGCAGCAGCAACAGCACCGGGGAGCAAAGCUGACCGACGGUGGCAGCUUCGGGGGCGUUUCGCCCCGCCAGCUCAUGUCGCGGCUCGAGAAGCUGAAGCGGCUGGCGGACGAACGGCGCAAACAGUACGGCGAAUGGACGCGCAGCUUCUCGCAGUCCGACACCAGCGCCAAGCAAACCAAAGCGUCUUGCACCACUGCCACCACCACGGAUGCCCCGUCCAACGAUGAGCCGGUGCCGACGAUCGAUAGUAGUGCGGCCGAACCGGCAGAGAGUGCGCUGCUCGUACGAUCGGCGAAUAGCAAUAAUCAUUUUAACAGCCACCACCACCGCCACGAAGAGCCAGCUGCUGCUGCUGCUGCUGCCGCUUCUGCUGCGUCGACGGCAAACGUCACUAGCUCGAUUGCAAUACGCAGGGACUCGGUCAUUGCCAACUGCUGUCGCGGUAUGUGCACAAUACUAUAGUUGGGGGAGAGGGAAAUUCGAAUAUUUGAUGAUCGAAUAUUUUAGCGUACAUAUUUAGGCACUACCACCAAAACUACCUUCAAUCGUAACGACAGCAUACGAGCUUCUUGCAGGUGGCUCAGUUUGACUACUUAUCUUAGGGAUCUUUACUUUUAAUGCGCGACCGAAAGGGGGAACCAAAUGUUAGAGGGAUGGACGGGAUGUGUUUGAAUGCUGCAGCUGAGUGGAUGCAGAGCGCAGAUGCAGAGUCAUUUCCAUGGAUGGUAUAUUCACCUUUACACAAAUCGCCUGUACCACGCCGCAAGAGGGGCAACCUUUCGUACUUAUCAUCUCAAGACAGCAGCUACCUCAACUCGGUUGUGCGUAUCUUGUGCGGCAAACUUAAUGGUGCCACUUAAACGCCCCACUAACCCAUCCACUGGCACACGGGCGGAAACGGACGUAGCCGGGAAAAUGAAAAGCAUUAGUGCAAAAAAAAAGAAAGAAAAACAGUGUGGUGUGAAAACAACAGCCCACCCUUCUCGUCCAUGGGCUGUGUUGCUGCUAUAAGAAUGGGUUUAAAAUACCACUACGCACAGCUACUAACACUACUACAAAAAUGCUACUACUGCUAACCAAUACUACCACUACUCGCUUGCUCGUGCUGUUGUUGUUGUUGUUGUUGUUGUUUGUUUUAAAUAGUUUCCUCGACCCACCCCCUUUGCCGCAGUACAAUUUUCGUUUGUAGAAGUUUCCCCAGUAGUGCGGCACCCUUAACCGUUUUGCCGCGUUUUUAUGUGUGUGUGUGUGUGUUAAACAGUUUGCACAGUGUUGUCUGUUUGUUUUUAUUUAUUUAUUUUUAUAUUAAUUUACAAUGUGGUUACUGUUUUUGAUGCACUUACGGUUAGAAAUUAGUCUUUUUUUGUCAAUAUGUUUGUUUUUUUUUCUUCUCCUCUGCAUGAAUGUUGGUCGCCUUCAGUUCAGUUUUGUGUUUCACAUUUUUGUUUGAGACAAAAAUCAAGGUUGCUACUGACUUGUGGGACCAUUUCAGCUGUGUGACUGCCGCCCUUAAGAACGAAAAGCGGUCCUCGUUCUGGGAACUUUGCGACUUUGUCGCUCACCGGGUCUAGGAUUUUAUCCUAGAACCUCUUGCGCCGUUGCAUUUUCGCCUUGCGCUUGGGUGUUGGUAUCGUCUUUGUUGCGCAUCGGGAGCUCAGCAGUUGCGAGUACCGAACAAACCCUUCUACAAAUGUUUUGGGCAAUCGGUAGUUGCUUACUUACUGUUUGCUGAUUGCUUAUUGGUAGCACAGUAAGGUAGCGCGUACUACCAUUCUGGGUAGCCAAAAAUGCAUUACCCUGUUCCUGAAUCCUAAAUCCUGUCCAUUGCGUUCUGAAUCUAAACUAAAACUAACUGUCCCUAUUUCCUAAAUUUAUUUAUAAAUUUAUAAAUUUAUAAUUUUAUUCGUCACUUACAUAAUAUCUUUUUCUCAUCCUGGGUGUCUCAGAUGCUACUCGGAGUUCUGCCAGCCCAUUCCGCUUGCCUUACCUGCGACAAGGGUCUUUCCAUCGAGGUGUGUGUCUUUCUAUGUGAUGGCGCAAUAACUGAACAUUGAUCACCUAAACAGUUCAGUUUGCAGAUCAUAGGUCUCUCCUGCAGUUGAUGUUUUCAUUCUCCUUUUUAUUCACUAAUACGCGUUCCGUUGUAUGCGGACAACUGCGGACCUUUUUUUAACUAUAUAGUCUUCAUAGUGAGUGAUCUCUUUAGAUGAUUAUUUCGUUCAUUCAUUACACAACAUUGUAAUGUCAUCGGCUUCCGGGAGAUCAGUUUUGCUGACUUAAACCGAGGUGGAACAAACUGUUCGCAGUUCGGAAAUCCCUUACCUAGGCCUUUUGGGUAGAGAUACAUUUCCAAGCUCCAUUCCAUUCCAUUCCAUUCCAAGCCAUUCCAAGCCAUUCCAUGCAGUUGUAGAAAGAAACACUACAAGGUAUAAAAGAUAUGCCUCCACCAGAUGUCCUCCGUUGCCAUGCGGAAUUUUAAAAUUCCAUUGGCGACUGUGGAUGGUUUUGAACCUCAGAUGAGCAGAAGUUAGUAGUAGUAGUGGUUAAUUUAAUUUAAUAUUUUUGAAAAGGUUCACAAUCUAUUGAUCCUUAUCCCACUCGACGAGCAUUCCGUUCUAUUGCUUGGUGCUCACACGGAGGUGUUCUUCUUUGCGAAUGUGCUUGAGGACACAUAUUAAUCUUACUCGUUCCGAUUGGUCGCCAGGUGAUAGACCCUCAAGCAUUGCAGAGGAAGGCUUCCAGGCUCAAGAUUCGAGACUCCUUUCUUGGGUUGACCUGUAGGGAACUACCGCUUUCCACUCAAAUUAGCUCCCUGUGAAACUCACUCAGGAGGCUGCAGGAGGCAUCAAUAUUGUUGCACGGUCACGCCUAUAGUUCCUUCACAUUGGUUCUCGCGUGGCGUUGUGCUGCUCUCAUUGCCUGCUUUUGCAUCAGAGGUUUCCCUAUUUUUCAUAUAGAUAGCACCCGUUGGAUAGUGCAGAUCACUAAAAGAAAUCACAUUUGUAUGUCCUGAUUAUCGUGAUCGAGUAUUGUUCCAAUGUAUGCACAAUGCUAACUUGCGUAUCGCCGUCUAUGCUCUUGGGUUUUAAAAAUGCAUAAUGCCAAAUGUAUACGAACCACAACAAGAAUAUACACAUGCUAUGUUGUCAGUCUUGCGAUUUGUGGAGUUCUUGGUGAACAUUUAGUUGGUGCAAAAUUUGAGCCUGAGGAUCCUCAGAGUUUUUAAACUAAUUUGGUCUGCUUAUGACCCAUUUUUGACGAAAGACGUGCUCUUUAGAUAGAAGUAGUACUCACCGAGGGCACGAAUGCAAAGGUAGGCUUAUGCCGUUAAUAAUGGUCGUGAAUAGUGUUUUUUAUUGAUGAUAAAAGGUUUUUAUGCAGGGUUUUUUUAAUAAAGCAAGGAGAUUGGAUAGGAAGGGAAUUUGAUGAGUACGGUACCGAUAUUGUUGCUGUCGACGAUAUAUAAUUAUGUGAACGACUACACCAUUCGCCCAAUGUUGUGGGGCGCUGGUCAAUUGGUCCGAUGGGUGUACGUGUUGCUAUCCACGUAACUAUAUGUAAAUUCCAGUGUUGUCAAUGCCACUGGUGUCUCUGCCAUCGGUCAAUGCCUCACUGUAGUUGUUUUGGUGCAAUAGAAUUGCUGUCUGUUUAAGUCGUUCGGAGUCGGAGUCGUCUGGAGUCAUUCGGAGUCGUCCAGAAUCGGUUGGAGUCGGAGGCUUCCGGAGUCAGCCCGAGUCGACCUUCGGAACAACGGCCUGUAUACGAACGACUUUGACGACUUUGGACGACUCCGACUUCAUUGACUCUAAUUGACUCAGGAAGCCUCCGACUCCAACCGAUUCCGGACGACUCCGAAUGACUCUAAACGACUCCAGAUGCCUCCGAAUCCGGGCGGAGACUAUUCGUUCGGAUUUUGCCAGAAUCGAAUCGUAGUCGUAGGUACGCUCCAUAGAGCACAUCACUAGUCGGGACUGUACGGCGGGGUGGGAUAGAACAUGCAAUUUCAGUGUUUCCAAAUAUUUUUUCAUCGGUGCUGCCACAUGUGGUCGCGGAGCAUUAUCAUGCAGCAAAAUGAUUUUAUCGUGUCUUUGUGGUACGGGUUCUGAUGGCUCUCAGGUACAGGCACUUUGCAUCUUACUACUAAUAAUACUUAACUAACCAAGUAUACUUAAUAUGUUAAGCAAUACGGCCUGUUUGAAUUGUUCCUUCUGAAGGAGAGAAAAAAAGAUACUUAAUCUGUCUGUAAGGAUUGUGAAUACGCGUAACCAGUGAAACUACUGUACAUUGUACAAUUCUUAACAACUGUCUGUUUUGCCUGUGCUUCCCUUUUUAUAACCAAAUCCAUCCUUUUCUCCCUCUUACCUUCUCUUAUUACUAAUGUCCUGGCUCAUGUCCUGCCAUGAUCGCCCGUAUUUAUCGACCCUCUUCAGUUUGUUCCGUCUCUUUUGUCGAACCAUAUACAAAUACUAAGUAACUUAUUGCAGCAUCGGAGCGUCCUGGGCUUUGUCCAGCAUUCGCUGGCGCGCGCGCGUUGCCCAUGUGACAUACUACUAGACCUAGUGCAUACGAAUAAAAGAGAGAAAAAAAACGGGUUAUUCAAUUACUCGUCCCCCUUUACCACAGCUCGCAGUACUUAACCACGCACUUAACCUCACUAACUAAAUCCAUUGACCAGCUCGAAUCUACAGUGCCACUGAAAAAAUAAAUCACCAUCCAUGCGAUAAUGCUUUGAACCUUUUUUUUUUUUUUUUUGUUCUGCCUCUCUUUCACCGGGGCCCGCGGGUUCGCCUGGCUUUGCAGGAAUGAAGCAGGGUGCAUUUAUUUAUUCCAUUUAGACACUUAAUUCGCUAUCGCAAAAGCUCACACGGUUGUCGUGCCCACAUCUUCUCCGGAACAGGGGGUUUCGGGGUAACGGUUGUUAUCGGUGAUAUUAGGCAUUUCGAAGCAAAAGCUACCCUACCCCUCCACCCACCCUUUCACACAUACCAGUGAUUCCAGUGUGUGUCGCCAGUUUGUGCAGGGGAAUUUUUAUGUAAAACAAAAUGUGGUUCAGGUUUAGCCAAACACAGGAGGGUUGAGCACAAUGAGUAGUGGACAGUAGAGCAGUUAUUUAUCUUUGCAGCCGUGCAGCAGCAGGGUCAGUCAGUAGGGUUUUUUUUUAAAUGUGUAUAGGUAAGAUGCUGUAUCCUCACAGCUCAGUCAGUAGUAGUCUAAGCAAUUGCAUAAGUCCUUCAAACGGGGAGCCCUAAAAAGCCUUUAUCAAAUACACGUUGUCGUCGAGAAAGGA